AUGACUUUGCUUUCGUUGUCUGGCUCUGGAUUCGGAGGAGAUCGGGUCCAGGAUUCAGUGACUCAUGAUCAUGCCCCUGACUUCACGUUGGAAACGAUAUGUCCGGCGGAGAAUAUUUGGGAGGUUGAGGCGAAGGUCUUUCGCUAUCCAGUAUGCUUUGAGACGAGAUGGGGACUUGGACAAAGAUCUCACCAGGUCAAUGAAUCUGGUACUACCGGGGAUAAUAUAAUAGGUUCAGCUGCUGCGACAGAAGGGAUUGUUGGUGUAGUUGCAGAAUCAACUACACAGCAAGAACAAGAUGCAGAUACCGAUUCUCUACUUGACAGUUCGAGCUUUCUUUCGUUCGAAGAUUGGAAGAAACAGAACCUGGCCAAGGUUGGGCAGUCUGCUGAGAAUGUGGGAGGUAACAGGCGGGCUGUGGCAGCCGGGAAAGAACGACGUCAGCCGGGGAUUAACAAUGCACUGGAUUCGUUGGGGGACGAUGCUGAAAUCGAACUGGACUUCGGCGGCUUCGGGGCUGAGACGCCCGAGGCUAGCCCUACGGCUUGGGGUACACCGAUUCCAUCGCCUCACGCCGAUCAUCUUGACGGAGAGAGCGAAGAUGAUCUUCACACCCAGCGCUCGCAGAAAGCAGAUAUUUCGCGCCGGAAAGAUGCCGGGACAACAUGCAAAGAGCGAUUCAACUACGCCUCUUUUGAUUGCGCCGCUACUGUGCUCAAGACAAAUCCAGAGUGCAAAGGAUCUUCGGCUGUCUUGGUUGAGAACAAGGAUAGUUACAUGUUGAACGAAUGUCGUGCCCAGAAUAAGUUCUUGAUUUUGGAAUUGUGUGACGAUAUCCUUGUGGAUACUGUCGUACUGGGCAACUAUGAGUUCUUUAGCUCCAUCUUCCACACGUUCCGCGUGAGUGUAUCGGAUCGAUACCCCGCGAAGCCGGACCAGUGGAAAGAAUUGGGUGUUUACGAAGCACGGAAUACUCGGGAAGUGCAGGCCUUUGCGGUCGAGAACUCGCUUAUAUGGGCUCGAUACCUUCGUAUCGAGUUCUUGACGCACUAUGGCCAUGAGUUCUACUGCCCAGUUAGUCUUAUCCGUGUGCAUGGAACAACCAUGAUGGAGGAGUAUAAGCAUGAUGAGAGUGUUGGUCGCAGCGAGGCUGAAGAUGAAGAAAUCAUGGAACCGGUUGAAACUGUAGAAAAUCCCAGCGAUGCACAGACGGACUCAUCUGUACCUCUGGUGGAUGAGAUCAUUCAGGAGGAGGAAAUGAUCAGUGAUCAAGUUCCUGAAAUUUGCCCUGCUUCCCUUACUGAAACGGAACUGCAUCUUUUGGGGCUGGUACAUCAGGCUGCCGAGGUUUGCCAUGCCAGUGAACGGCCUCCUGUAGAGGUCAUUCCCGACGAAACUGCUACAACAGAUCCAGCAAAGUCACCGCGUGAGGAUUCAACAGGCUCCACAGGAAAUACUCCUGCCACACAACCUGGCUCAUCGGCUCCGCCCAGGGUAGCAGAAGAUCGGAAAUCGGGAGAUUCUCUCAAGGCGAUGCUGACAACCCCUGAUGCCUCCGUUGUAGCUGCAGAGCCAGCUGUACAUAAUGCAACCGUGGAGAGCACCGGAAAAUCAACGACAAACCCUAAGGAGGAGAACAACCCGCCACCCGAGUCUACUAGACCUACGUCCACACAGCCCCCCUCUUCCAAUCCAACCACCCAAGAGUCCUUUUUCAAAUCGGUCCACAAACGGCUCCAAAUGCUCGAGUCCAACUCCACCCUCUCCCUACUUUAUAUUGAAGAACAGUCCCGGAUUCUUCGCGAUGCAUUCAACAAAGUUGAGAAACGACAGCUCUCAAAGACUUCCAACUUCCUCGAAAACCUGAAUGUGACCGUUCUCAGCGAGCUAAAAGACUUCCGAGAGCAAUAUGACCAGGUCUGGAAAUCUGUCGCUUUCGAAUUCGAACAUCAACGCAUGAAGUAUCACCAGGAAGUACACUCUAUCAGCUCCCAGCUGGGGGUUCUAGCCGACGAGCUUGUUUUUCAGAAACGAGUGACACUAGUCCAGAGCAUCAUGGUUCUCUGCUGCUUUGCACUGGUUCUCUUCUCCCGGGGCUCAGGCAGCAACUACAUGGAAUUCCCCCGAGUCCAGAGAAUGGUCGCUCGUUCCUACAGUCUACGAUCAUCUUCACCUGUCUUCGCCUCCCCAUCUGCUAGCCCCGGGUCCACCCGGCCCACCUCUUCCUACCAUGAGAAUGCCGACCACCGACGAAACCUAUCAGAUAGUUCCUCACAAGAAAGUCCUGCUAGCCCAACAGCUCCCUACGUGCCACCAACGCCGACUUCUCCCCUCUCUCACGAGAUGGACGAUGAGAAGAUUAACACGCCACAGUCCCCAGACUCAAUGUCUGAGUCUGUACCUAUACUUGGGACGCCACAGUUCCGAUCGCAUAGCACUCCACCUGUGAUGAACAUCCAUACUCCGGAACUAGACCCAGAUAACUUUGCGAUGGCAUCUGAACUGGAGAUAUCUGACGAGGCGUCUCUAACCCCAUGA